UGCGCCAUUUUAUUGGAGGCAUGAAGGGGGACAUCCAGGGUAUGGAUUCUUUCAACACAUUGGCCACAUCCAGGUGUAGUGCCACCAGAUAUGUCAAGAUAUGUAUCCCUGUAUCAGAUUGUUUAUAUUGUUUUAUUAUUCAUAUUAUUUGACGUAAGUCCAAAAUGACUGAACCCUUUUAGGAAACUGCUUGUGCAACCCUUCAAGCAUUUAGAUAUUUUUUUUCUCCCACGCUUUUUUGCAGAAUAGUUUCAGCCAAAUUGGAAGGCUAUUAAGCACGAACAGCCUGUUUAUGGCUCUUCAUGCUUCCAAAUAAUCAUUUACUUGGAUUUCAGUUUAACGAGGCCACCCAAAAACAGUUUUGUUUUUUUUAAACCAUGAUUCUCUUGCUCCUUAGAUUUAGUAAUAAAAUGAUUUCCGGCCAUAUUCCAUCGGGCUUUUAUAGUAAGAUGCAGUAUUUAUGCAGUAUGGCACGCUGUACAUGUAGGAUGUUUUUUUUAAUUAGCACCAAUUUAGAAGUCACAUACUAUAAUACAGUAUAGUUGAGCUCUGAUCUGUUAAGUGAGGCUCCUCCCCCAGCUCGCCUCCCUUCUGAAAAAUAUUAACUUUUGCUGCAUUCAGGGUUCCAAGUGCGUUGUAUUUUUAAUGCUCACAAGCACAGGAUUAAUGAUCAAACAUUCUAUCUGCCAGCUGCUGUGACAUACAUUGUGUUUCUUUAUUUGGAUGAAUAUUUCAAUACCUACCAUGUACACGGUCAGUUAAAUAUAACUGCAUGUAGUAUAGAUUCUUGUCAUGAGGUUUGACGGAUAAAUGAUUACGAGCUUAUAAACGUAGCAGGGUAGGUUUCCCUGUCGCACAUAUCUCUGUCAUAUUUGGCUUUACCAUCAGACAUGUCUUGGAGAAACUUAAGUUUAACUCGAGCAGCAGCGACUUUCUUUUCCUUACCGCCCCGACAAGCUUUGGGUCACUGCAGCAGCCGAACCGGAGGGUGCUUAAUUCCGAACCGAGAGAGCUCCGGGAGCCGAUAUAAUGUUCCACCGAGCGCCGAGUUUGUUGCACGGGUGUCUGGGAUCUCAACCAUGGCCAAGUUACCUUAUCGGGAGACGGCCGACGGGCUGGACGCGGCGUUCGUUGGUGUUCCGAUUGAUACUGGGACUUCGAACCGGCCAGGAGCAAGGUUUGGUCCACGCCAGAUCAGAGCAGAGUCUGCCUUGCUAAGGGCUUACAACAGUGGCACCAGGGCAGCGCCUUUCGAGUCCCUGAUGGUUGCUGACAUCGGGGAUGUAAACGUUAACAUGUAUGAUUUGAAAGACACCUGCAAGCGCAUCACGGAGGCCUACAGAAAAAUCCUGGCCACUGGCUGUAUCCCUCUGACUAUGGGUGGCGAUCACACUAUUGCGUACCCAAUACUGCAAGCUGUAGCAGAGAAGCAUGGCCCUGUGGGUUUAGUCCAUGUGGACGCUCAUGCGGACACCAGUGACGUGGUUCUGGGGGAGAGGAUCAGCCAUGGGACCCCGUUCAGACGCUGUGUGGAGGAGGGGCUCCUGGACUGCCGGCGGGUGGUUCAGAUCGGCCUGCGAGGGAGCGGGUACUCAGCGGACUCAUACGAGUGGAGUCGGGCUCAGGGUUUUCGUGUGGUCCAGGUGGAAGAGUGUUGGUUCAAGUCUCUCUCGCCUCUAAUGUCUGAGGUGAGGACUCAGAUGGGCGUUGGGCCAGUCUAUCUCAGUUUUGAUAUUGACGCUCUUGAUCCAGGUUUUGCUCCCGGAACAGGAACACCGGAGAUAGCAGGACUCACUCCCAUACAGGGAGUUGAGAUUAUCCGAGGCUGUAGGGGUCUUAACCUUGUCGGAUGUGAUCUAGUGGAAGUUUCUCCACCUUAUGACACUACAGGAAACACUGCCUUGACUGGGGCCAACCUCCUCUUUGAAAUGUUAUGUGUUCUACCAAAAAUAAAAUACUACUGACCUGGAUGUAAUGUAAUAAUUGGUGGUACUUUUUAAAUUUUAAAAUGUCAUCAAGGUUAACUUGGAUGCAGUUCUGUUUUAAAAAUACAUUUUCAUUUCCGAUCCACUCUUUUUUGAAUUGUAAUUAAAUGUUGUACUUUGAUAAUUACAUAUGUUAGCAAUUUAACAUGAGCUCCUGUAAAGAACCUUAAGGUGACAUUUGUUAGGAAUUGGCUAAUAAAAUAAGCUAAACUGGAGUUAAUAGAGAAGUUUAAUGUUAAGAAUUUAUUUUAUGUUAAUUUAUUCUGGAAAAUUAUGCACAAUGUGACAGGGUCAGUGACAUUGACAAAGUUCUAGUUGCAUUCUGUGAUUCUUCUUUUCUGAAUUAAAAAAAAAAGAUUUUAUGUACCGGUAGCUACAGAAAAAGUUUGAACUUGUGGAGCCAGAAAACUUAAAAGCAGUGAAUUUCAAAAUGAAGAGAGUGUAAUUUCUUGGAUUUUUAUCAUAGCACCAAAAUAUACACAUAAUUGCAUUGCAGUCAAAUGAUGACACAAUAAAAUUUUUUUAUUUUACCAUACUUAUUUUGACUCAUCCUCACCAAGGAUACCAAUAACUGUGGACUUUGUUUUACAUUUACCGACUAAUCAUCUAUGGCCGUUUUAUUAAUAGACAGCAACAUACAAGAAAAACCUCUUGGGUUGCUUAAGGGUUAAAACAAUCUUAUAUAUCUAAAACACUUACUUUGUGUCAAUUUGCGGAAAAGCAAUAACAAUUUGUCCUCUUUUUCCUUUAUUUAGCUCUAGGUUAGAAAUAACACCAUAAAGAAUAACAUUAUACAGCAUUCAGCAUAAUUAAAUGUGCAUCAGGCACUAAGGGCAUUGACCUUGUGCAACAGGGGAAGGCAAUCAUUCUUUGGAACAUCUGUUUUCUGCUAAAGUUACAUUGACUGUAUUUGGGUUCUUAGCUCUUAAAACCCAACAUCAUCUUAGACUAUUUAGAAGCAAGAAGGAACAGUAAUUUAAAUAAUAUAUUUAGAUUAACCUUUAAAUAAGGUGCUGCAAUUAUUAACAGAUAAUGUUUCUGUACCAUCAGAGGGGUUUAGGCAAUGCUGCCAAUAAUAGCAAGCAGGAAAAAACAAGCAAGCGGUAUUGUUUAUCCCAGAAUUACCAGUUUACUUAACAUUUUUGGAGCAUUUUUCCACAUCUUUGCUGCCAGCUGAAGGCAAGGGAGGAGUUUCCAAAUCAGACCGCUGUGGUCAGAAAGAUGCUUUAAGAAUGCGCUCACAGUCAGAGAAAAGUUCACUCCAGAAAUGAACUCUCUCGAAUGUCCGAGAGUGUCUGAAGCAGGCAAACAGAAAUCCCAGCUCUGAAGCAUGCAGCUAACAAGAUAUAGUUUAUAUUUAUACUUGGCUUCAUGUUAAAAGCAACACUGCUCCAAUUAUUUUUUGCAGAAGGUCUUGUAUAUUCCUAAACUCCUGUGAUAAUACGCUGUCUUUUAAUUUAAGAUGUAUAAACUAUGUUGUGUGAUAUUGUAAGCAUUAUGUUUGUACUUUGACCAUAAAGCUAGUUGGUGAAACAUUGACUAAAUUCCAGCCCAAGUUGUUAUUAGCCUUCUCUGUUUUUGUUUCACCUUACUUAGUGAGCAGAGGAGAGCGACACCUCUCCACUUCUAUUUAGGGCUCCUCUUAAUUGGCAGCAGCUGUCCUUUUAAAACUUCAGAGUGAAUCAGUAAGCUUCCUUGUACAAAAGAUAAAAUAAAAACAAAAAACAUGGA